UUGAGUUUUAAAGUUAGGCGCCAUGUUUGUCUCUACUAAAUCAUGAGUUCAAAAAAGAAGAAAGGAGAGGGAAAAUCGGGGGAGUCAUGGGAAAAAGGAGAAGAGAUUUUUCAAGGUGUUAUUCUCACGGAUAGUUUCAACUUCAGAUUCUUACCAGUAACUCUUGAAACGCCCAGGGCCUUGUUACCAUUGGUUAAUGUCCCUCUUCUGGAUUACACAAUCGAAUUCCUUGUGGAGGCUGGAGUACAAGAAAUCUUUGUUUUCUGUUGUGCACAUGCUGACCAGAUCAAGAAACAUUUAAGCCAAUCAAAAUGGACCAGGUCAAGAUCACCCUGUGAGGUGAAAACAGUUGUUGCAGAAGACUGCCUGUCAAUGGGUGAUGUUCUUCGAGAAAUUGAUAGACAGUCUUUUCUUAAGAAUGAUUUUGUGUUGGUGAGUGGUGAUGUGGUUUCAAAUAUGAAAUUGGAACAAGUCUUGCAAGAACACAAAGAAAGAAGGAAAAAAGACAAAGCUUCGCUGAUGACAGUGGUAUUCAAAGUGGCUAAUCCUGGACAUAGAACCAGAUGCCAAGAAGAGGAUUUCAUAGUUGCUUUAGACUCAACAACUGGUAGAAUCCUUCAAUGUGAAAGAACAGCAGACAGAAAGAGAUUUUCAUUUCCAUUGAGUUUAUUCUCAGGCAACAGUAAUAUCCAGAUUAGAUAUGAUCUCCUGGAUUGUAACAUUUGUAUUUGUUCAACAACAGUUCCACAGUUAUUUACUGACAAUUUUGAUUAUCAAACCAGAGAUGAUUUUGUAAGAGGAAUUCUCGUAAAUGAGGAGAUCAUGGGUAACCAAAUUCAUUCAUAUGUAAUUAGUGACAAGUAUGCUGCUAGAGUGUCAAACCCUUACAUGUAUGACACAGUCAGCAAAGACAUUCUUAGGAGAUGGGCUUAUCCAAUAGUACCUGAUAAUAGUAUAUUUUUCAUGGAUUUCUCCUACUCAUUCACAAGACACAAUGUGUACCUGGACAGCGAGCUCUCACUUGCCAGGGAUUGUGUAUUAGAAGAGAAUCUCUUAAUCAGUAAGGGAACCUCAGUAGGUGCUGGAACAGUGAUCACAAAUUCUGUUAUAGGUAGAAACUGCAUUAUAGGUGAUUAUGUUAGACUAGAUGGUGUUCAUCUCUGGGAUAAUGUGAAAGUAGAUGAUGGAUGUAAUAUUUCAAAAUCAAUUCUCUGCAAAAAUGUUCACAUCAAAAGGAAAGUAACAAUUACUGCUGGAUCAAUCAUUUCAUUUAAUGCAGUGGUUGGACCUGACCUAGUCCUCUCUCCAGGAGUGAAAAUAACACUGAAGAGAAAGACUGAGGAUGAUACAGACUUUGGAAUGGAUGAAAUUUCCCUUGGUGACAAACCAGUAGCAGAACAAAAUGAUGAGUUUAAUCCAGAGGAGGUUGGCAGUGAAGGACAGGGAUACAUUUGGAGACCUGAUGUAGAAUCCGAUGAUGAAUUGGAGCAAGUGCAAGAUGUAUGGGGGUUUGAUAGAGUAAGUUCAAGUGAGGAUGAAGUGAGCUCAAUUUCCAGCGAAGAAGGAGCCCCCCCAGGCAGCCCACUACCUGAAGAGGACAGCAGAUUGUUCUACAGUGAAAUCUUGGAGUCCAUACGACAUGGUGUUGAAGAUCAAGUGGAUCCUGAGAACCUUAUAUUGGAGAUAAAUGCUUCAAAGUUUGCAUACAACGUGACUUUCCACGAACUCAACCAAGCUGUCAUAAAAUCGUUGCUGGAAUCCUCUCUUCACGAUUCUUCGAUUUCGAAACAAGAUAUGUCUAAAAAUCUUAAAAAGGCUGUAGAUCAUCUGCUACCGAUGAUUUCGAACUACAUAAAGAACUCUGAUGGGCAAAGAGACGUGUUGUGCGCAACAGAGGAAUUUUUCGUGCAAGCCAUGUGGGCUUCUCCACUGUGUCAGACAUUUCUUCACCUUCUCUACGACAAAGAAAUCCUUGAGGAAGCGUUGAUUCUUCAGUGGUAUUCUCGCAUACCAACAAUCGGAGAGGAAGGAAGCUUUGAACCGCAGCGGAAACUGCUUCGACAACAAAUUUCUCGCUUUAUCACGUGGUUACAAGAGGCAGAAGAGGAGAGUGAUGACGAUGAUGAUGAUGAUGAUGAUGAUGAUGAUGACGGUGACGAAGAGGAAUAAAAUAUUUUAACAGUAAACAGUCGUUCGAAAAGAUAUGAAUAAACCUUCCGUCUUCAUUUUC